UGUAUGAAAAGGAUUGAGGGUGGAUGGAUUUGAUAAGUUGUUGCUACAAGUGUUUGUGAAAUGAGUGGAGUGAAGCUUUGAUUGCAACGGAUUUCUUAUACUGGUAAAUGUGGGAACACCCCUGGUGUGGCAAGGGGACUGGGAGCGGUGAAAAGAAAGGAUCAGGUCAGGAUGUCCCUGCCAUGGUGCUGCAAAAAUUUUCUUAUCAUGGAUUGCCAAGAAAAUGAGUACUGGGACCAAUGGGGACGCUGUGUCACUUGUCAACAGUGUGGUCCUGGACAGGAACUCUCCAAGGAUUGUGGUUAUGGAGAGGGUGGAGAUGCAUACUGUACAGCCUGCCCUCCCCGGAGGUACAAAAACAGCUGGGGCUACCACAGAUGUCAGGCUUGCAUCACGUGUGCUGUUAUCAAUCGUGUCCAGAAAGCCAACUGCACAGCUACCUCUAAUGCCAUUUGUGGGGACUGUCUGCCCAGGUUCUACCGAAAGACACGUAUUGGAGGCCUGCAAGACCAGGAGUGUAUACCUUGCACGAAACAGACCCCCAUCUCUGAGUUUCAGUGUGCCUUUCAGUUGAGCUUAGUGAAGGCAGAUGGACCCACAGUGCCCCUGCAGGAGGCCACACUUGUUGCAUUGGUGAGCAGUCUGCUGGUGGUGUUUACCCUGACCUUCCUGGGGCUCUUCUUCCUCUACUGCAAGCAGUUCUUCAACAGACAUUGCCAGCAUGUUGCAGGAGGUUCGUUGCAGCUUGAAGCUGAUGAGGCAGCAGAAGAAUCUCUCUUCCCCAUGCCACCUGGUCAGGAGACCAGUCCUGAGUACCCAGUGAGUGAGAACAUCUUUGAGAACCAGCCACUUACCCCCAUUCUGGAUGACGAAUGCAGCUCAACUCUUGUCUUCCCCACACAGGAGUCCUUUACUAUGCCCUCCUGUGCCUCGGAGAGCCACUCCAAUUGGGUACACAACCCUAUCGAAUGCACAGAGCUGGACUUGCAAAAGUUUUCCAACUUUACCACCUAUACUGUAGCUGAGACCUUUGAGGGGAGCCCUGCUGAAAGCUCUAGAGACAGGCUGGAGCUCAAUGUGCCCUUUCAAGUUCCUAGCCCUUAAAUCUACUGAGGCAAUCUGGAAAGGUGGGGCAGAAAGUCUAGAAAUUAGAGGCCAACCUCAAGGAAUUUCUCUCUGUGUUCAGUAGGUCUUGGUUAGUGGUACAGCAUUAAGCUAGGAAUAGUGUUGUGUUGGGGAGCAAUUAUUGUGAUAUUAAUCUUUUAAGCCAGUCAGACAUCACAGUUCUGGGUUAGGUUUAAACUGCCCCCAGUCACAAUUUACUUAUACCUUUAUAUAUAUUACAUUUAUCUGAUCUUCAUAACACUGUCCCUUGCUGAUAAGCAGGUCAGGGUAUAUUGCUUAGCCUCACUGUAUGGAGGUGGGAAGUGAAACAGAGAGGAAAAGUGAUUUAUUUGAAAUCACAGAGUGAUUCAGUGGCAGAACUGGGCUAGGGCUAAGGUUAUAAGGCUCCAUUCAAGAGCUAAUUCAAUUCCACCAUUGCAAAUAAUCUAUAGAUAAUGGUUUUUCACAAAGUCUUAAAUAUGAGACAGGUAAGUGAGCAGAGGUCUAAUUUUCAAAUAACCAACUACUUUUAACACUACUCAUUUUCAUAUUACAUCAGCUAUGAUAUUGCCAGCUGUACCUUAAUUUCCCCUUAUAUCCUACCUAAAAAGAUAUGUAUAUAUAAGAUAUGUAUUAUACAUUUAAAAGCCAUGACUGAUACUAAAUUAGUCAUCCUAGGUACCUUCAAGGGUUCAAGGUAGUCUAGUCCAAUCCUCCCUAUAAGGCCUUCAAUCCUUACUUAGGUAUAUUUUUAUAGAACAUUUUUAAUAGCUCUUAUCUGAAAUUGUUGGUACCAGAAGUGUUUCACAAUCUGAAAUUUUUGGUGUUUUGAAAGAUUUGCAUAUAUAAUGAGACGCCUUAGGAAUGAGACCAAAGUCUAAACCAAAAUUCAUUCAUAUUUCAUAUAUACAUAGCCUGUAGAUGAUUUCAUACAAUGUUUUUAGUGCUUGCAUUUUGACUUGCAGUCAGUCAUGUGAGAUCAAGAUGUGGAAAUUUUGGUGCUUAAAAAGUUCCAGAUGUGGAGCAUUUACAUUUUCGGAUUUUUGGAUUAGGGAUUCUCAGCUUAUUUCUACACCAAGAAUUUAUGCAGUCUUCCCUUAUACAUUGGUUAAUACAGCUGUACUAGUAGAUGUGAGCUCAAUAUAAAGAAAACACCUUCUGUCUGCCUGGGUUCUGGCUGUGUUCCUUAGGCCACAGAGAUUUCAAUUCCUUUCUCCAUCUUGUGAUACUGCUGCAGAAGUGUGAAGGCAGCAUCUCCUCUUUGGAAGGUACCACUUUAGGUUCUUCUAAGGUAUGUAGGGCUCAGAACUAAACCCAAUUUCAUGAAGAAUUGUUUCAUUAGUUUAGAAUAUAGUGCUUUUUUCAUCUCCCUAUAUAGGUGAUGUAUUUCUCUUGUUGCAUACUAUACCAUUUAUCUAACUCAUUAUUGGGAAGGGACUAGAGAGAGGAAGUAAAUACUGAGAUUGGCUCCCACUUUUCUAACUUGCUGUGCUCCAUCCCUAGAUCUCUCCUGCUCCUGUCAGCCUUGCCUAGUCAUUCUAGACUCUCCUGCCUUAUUCUUACACCCCAGCAGCAGCAAAGGCCUGGGAUAUGGUGUCCACAACAGCCAGUACUCUGCAAAUGGGGUACAUUCUAUCCCAUCCUACAAAGGAUCGAUUCCCCACCAUUUCCCCAAGACUAACCUGGGAAAAUGCUUGCUUGCUUGCCUCCCUGUUUCAGCUUGAAGAGCCAAAUUCCCUAACCUGAAACUACUGGACAUGUUCCUAGAUUAACUUGAUUCCAGAAAAGAGCAGAGGGAAUGACAAUGAAUAGAAUAGUUUCCCUGCUUAUGUUUUGGUCCUGUGAGCUUGAAGCAAGGAGGCUUUAAGAACUUUAUUGGCAUCCACCUAGCACUUUAGAGACAAAAAUGAAACCAUUUUCUUUUAGCUCCUCCACAGUCUCCCCAACACCCUAACAAAUGCACACAGCCCUCUUGGGAGAGGCCUGGUACCAUGAUCCCCCAAGUCACAUCCCACACUUUCAUGGAUAUAAAAGCUCUAUAGCUUGCCCAUUUGUUAGGUUCUUCCUUCCUCUUCACAAAUAGGUCUGCACCCUUCAUCAGUAGCGAUACAAAGCAGUGUCUUUUUUUAACUUUAAAAUGGUGUUUCCUUCAUUUUUAUUUCACUUCUACUUUUGACUCUACUGUCUUCCUGAUGCCUGGGCUUUGAGGUGAAGUGAAGUUUCUGUGGCCUGGGAGCAGCCACUGAGGAGCUAAUAUUCUCAGUGGGGCCUGUUCCUGGGGAAGAUCGAGGCCAUUUGGUGCAUUCUUGGUGUGGUGAAAAGUCAAUCUAUUUCUUCUGAGCCUAUACCACCAGUUUUAUAUGGUUCUUAGCAUGAAAUGGAACUCCUCUUCUAUGGCCUUCUAAUGGAACAGGGCAGAUGAGACCCUAGAAGCUCAGGUGUGAGCAUCAUGUAUUGUUUUUAAGUCUCAUGUCUAUAACGAGCCACUCAGACUGUUACCCACUCCCUUAUAGUAGGUCAGGUUUGGAAGAAAGUUGUGUUCAACUUAGUGGAGCAACUGGCUACUUUGCUUGGGAGCAGUAUACAGUUUGGGAUGACGGAUAUGACUUAAUUUGUAAAAACCAAGACUGGGUCCCUCCGCUCCCGGCCCAGAGGUAGGGGCUUCUGAGCCACCAUCCCACUGCUCCUGGUCCAGAAGAAGGAGCUUCCCAGCCACCAUCCCUCCCACCGCUCCCAGCCCAGAGGAAAGGGCUUUUGGGCAACCUUCUGUCCCGCCACUCCUGGCCCAGAGGAAGGGGCUUCUGGGCCAUCAUCCCUACCCCGGAUCUGGCCCCUGUCCAACCUCUCCCAGCUCAGAGGAGGUGAGGUGCGUGGGCACCAACAGCUCCCACCCCGGCCUCACCCAGUCAAAAUGAGAAAACACGGAAAUAAGGCUCAAAACCAGACUUCCAGAUCACCUACAGCAACCACAAAGGGAAAGGAGAUGGAACACUCUGAUACUCAACCACCUGGACCUACUGAACUGUCAACAAAAGGAGAUCUGGAAAAAAUGAAA